AUGGCGGGCUGGGUUUAUAAACCUCUGCCAGGUGAACACAUGAGUUUGAAGGCCACUUGUCUCUGCGAUCUGUCACGUCUGCACAUGCAACAAGGUCCGACAGCCUCAGCAACCUUACAUUUCACCAUGGAGGGCACGGGAGCUCAGAGACAGCUCUUCAUCAUGAAAUCCUUCUUCCUUCUGCUCUUCACCUUGUUGUUGGUGUCCCACGGAUCUUCAGCAGUCAUCACAGGGGCCUGUGAGAAGGACUCUCAGUGUGGAGGGGGGAUGUGUUGUGCGGUGAGUUUGUGGAUCCGCAGCCUGCGUAUGUGCACGCCUGUGGGGCAAGAAGGAGACGACUGUCACCCUUUGAGCCACAAGGUUCCUUUUGUUGGACGAAGACUCCACCAUACUUGCCCCUGUCUGCCCAACCUGUCGUGUAUCACCAUAGAGGAGGGCAGAUUCAAGUGUUUCUCACUAUACAAGUAUCCAGAUAACUAUCUCUGAGGACCAACACUUAUAGUUACACUAUUUGCCACUUACACUGUAACUAUCUGCCUUUAAAUGCCUGUUUGUUUGUUUUAGUUUUUAUUUUGAAUAAAGAUAUAUAUUUAUUAAUGCAUCAUCAUAAUGCAUCAUUUUGAUCUUCAUAUUUAAAGAGAAAUGCCUCCUUGGAUUUUACAAACAAUGACAUCUGCACAUCGGAUGUUUAUUUAUAAAUUCUAUAUUGUUUUGUCUGUAUAGU